GGCCACCUCAGCUGACCUGCGAUGAUUUUUCAACAAUAUGAUUCCUCUUUUACAGAACCACCUAAGCUGAAGAUUCCCUUGAGAACAAGGGCUAGCCUGUGAUUUCGUGACCUUUCUUCCAUUUGUGGUUCUUGCCAAGUGGAAUUUAAAUGACCUUUUAUCAAGAUGGAUAAACCCAAGUUUCCCAGUGCCGGAAUAUAGAAAAUGGAUGGAUAAAAUGUCUUUUUGUCACUUUCAACUAAAUCUACCAUGAAAGACUUCAGAGUCCAGGAAGAGAGACUGACUGGGCAGCAUCUUAUUCAGAAACAGCACCUUGCCCUGUCACUCAGGAUGGAGUUCAGUGGUCCAAUCAUGGCUCACUGUAGCCUCAAACUCCCAGGCUCAAGCAAUCCUACCACGUCAGCCUUCCCAGUAGCUGGUCUCACGCUGUCACUUAGGCUGGAGUACAGUGGCACAACCUCUGCUCACUGCAGCCUCCACCUGCCAGGCUCAAGCAAUUCUUCUGACUUAGCCUCCCGAGUAGCUGCGAUUACAGCUGGAUCUACCAUGAAAGACUUCUGAAUCCAGGAAAAGAGACUGACUGGGUAACAUGUUAUUCAGGAGAUGGGGUCUCACCCUGUCACCCAGGCUUGAGUACAGUAGUGCUAUCACAGCUCACUGCAGCCUUGAACUCCUGGGCUAAGGAUCCUCCUACCUGAGCCUCCUGAGUAGCUGGGACUGUAGGGUCUCCCUCUCUUGUCUAAGGCUGGAGUGUAGUAGUGCUAUCACAGCUGACUGCAGCCUCAACCUUCCAGGCUGAAGCGAUCCUCCCAUCUCAGCCUCCCACGUGGCUGAGACUAUAGGUGCUUGCCACUAUGCCCAACUAAUAUUUGGAAUUUUCCUAUACGUGGAUUCCAGAGGGGUGACAGCGAAACGUGGGACCAUCCAGUUGCAGGAAAACAAGCUUAACACGCCCACUGAUUCUACAUUAUGCUCCUACUUCCCGGCAGCCUCUCCAGGCCCAGAACUUUCUCCAGUCAGCCUCCACAGACCAAGCUCAUGACUCACAAUGGCCUAUUUAGGCCCAUACCCUACCUCACGGCAGUCUCCGCAGAUGAGGCUACUGCCUCACAACAGCCUCCACAGGCACAGCUCCACCGUUACAAUGGCCUCUUUAGACCCAGCUCCUGCCUCCCAGCCUUCUCUCCAGGCCCUGAACUUUCUCAAGUUGACCUCACCAGGCCUAGCUCAUGCUUCUUGGCAGCCUCUCCAGGCCCAGCUCCUGCAUCUUGGCAGCCUCUCCAGUCCCAGCCUCUGCCUCCCGUCAGCCUCUACAGUCCCAACAUCUGCCUCACAGCAGAUUCUUCACGCCCAGCAUCUGCCUCACUGUGGACCACCCAAGCCAAGCUCCCAACCUUUCAGCAGCUUCUACACACCCAGCUCCUGCCACCCAGUGGCCUCUUUAGGCCAAGCUCACGCCUCACAAGGGCCUUUCCAGGCCCAACUUUUGUCUCAUGGCCACCUUCCCUGGCCAGAUUCCUGCCUGUCUCCCAGCAGCCUAGAUAGGCCCAGGUCUUGCCUCACACUGGCCUGUCUACAUCCAGCUCAUGCCUCAUGGUGGCCUCUCCAGGCCCAGCUCCUGUCCCAGGACGUCAUCUC